AUGCCUUCGCUUUUGCAGAAGCUCCUACUGGGAGUUCCCCUGGCCUGUAUGGCUAGCGGUCAGGUUCUCACUGAUCCCCUUGACUCAAACUAUAAGAUCGAUGUUCACUCGCAUGUCGUUCCGGACAUCUAUAGGGAGGAGUUGAUCGCUGCAGGUUACCCAGUCAAGAAUGGCACUGUGUACACAGAUGGCUUCCCUGUUCCAGAGUGGUCACUGGAUUUGCACAUUAGUAACAUGGACAACCUCGGAGUCAAUUAUUCGACACUCAGUGUCAGCGCACCCGGCGUCUCCUUCGUCAAAGAGGCCGAAAAAGCCAAAACCUUGGCCCGCAACAUCAACCUUCUGCUUCACAACUACACUCAAACUCACCCCACUCGGCUUGGAGCCCUCUGCCUCCUCCCUCUCCCUUAUGUUGAUGAGGCUGUCGAGGAGUUGAAGUACUGCCUGGAUACCCUCGGGUUCAUUGGUGUGGGCUUGUACACCAACGCCAAUGGCACUUACUUGGGAGACUCCAGCCUUGAUCCUGUCUUCGAAGCCAUGGCCACACGCAAUGCCAGCGUGUUUGUCCACCCCUCCUCUCCCGAAUGCACAUCUGUCGCCGUGGGCCUGCCCAUCCCAAUGAGCGAGUAUCCUUUCGACACCGUGCGCGCCAUCGAGAACCUGCUAAUCUCAGGCCAACGUGCCAAAUACCCGGGCAUUAAGAUGAUCUUCUCCCACGGCGGUGGUGCCAUCCCCUUCCUGGCCUCCCGAAUUGCCGGCAUGGCCUCCCUUCCCUUCUUGGGCGGACUGUCCAUGCCCGAGAGCUUGGCGCAACUCGCCGGAUACUAUUUCGAUACCGCUAGCUCGACUUCUGCUAUUCAGCUGGCGGCUGUGAAGAGCUUUAUUGGCUCGGAACAGAUUGUGACUGGAACUGACUACCCCUAUGUUCCUUACUCGCAAGCCCUACCGCAAAUGAACGCGAUCGAGGGCAAUGGCGACUUUACCCCGGCGGAGAUGAGCAGCGUCAACCACCAGAAUGCCUUGGCAGUCUUCCCACUGAUUAGUGACGCUUUGGGGCUCAACUAA